CUUGAACCAUCAUUCUCCUUCUCCACAAACACAAACACUCCCUUCCCCCCUUCACCACCACUCACUCCACCCGCAAUGCUGAGGACGGCUAGCCUUCAGCUGAGGGCGACGACGCUUCGCAGCAGCUUGGGCACCAGCCGGGCUAUUGCGGCGCCGCGAGCUCCGUGCUUGGCUUCCGCUGCUGCCGCCACUCGCUCAUUCAAGACCUUGUCCAAGAGCCAACAGGCUUCUGCUGCUCCUCAACAGCCUAGCGCACCAAAGGGAUCAGACUCUUUCAUCACGACCAACAAUGCCUACUACGCCGAAGAGAUGCACCGCAGGUGGAAAGAGGACCCGUCCUCUGUUCAUUCGUCGUGGGACGUCUACUUCUCGGGACUCGACAAAGGCUUGAGCUCAGAAGAGGCGUACCGCGCUCCUCCUACCCUAAUGACCCUGCCCGUUGAGGCUCCCCCGGUCCACAUGGGCAGCUCAGAGAACAGCGUCGACGACCACCUCAAGCUCCAGCUUCUCGUUCGAGCAUAUGCCGUCCGUGGUCACCGCAUUGCCCGCCUCGAUCCUCUCGACAUUAUUAAUGCGGAGCGUGAUGGCGCUGUGCCCCCCGAAUUGACCAUCGAGCACUACGGAUGGACUGAGAAGGAUCUUAGCAGGGAGAUGCAGCUCGGUCCUGGUCUGCUGCCCAAUUUCGUCAGCGCUGGUGUCAAGAAGCUCACCAUUGGCGAGGUCAUCGAGGCCUGCAAGCGCAUGUACUGCGGCUCCAUCGGCGUUCAGUACGUCCACAUCCCAGACCGCGAAAAGUGCGACUGGCUGCGUGAGCGUCUCGAGACGCCCGAGCCUUUCAAGUACUCGAUCGAAGAGAAGAGGGCCAUCCUCGACCGCCUCAUCUGGUCCGACUCCUUCGAGCGCUUCAUCGCCUCCAAGUACCCCAAUGAGAAGCGAUUCGGUCUUGAGGGUGGAGAGACGCUCAUUCCUGGUGUCAAGAGCAUGAUCGACCGCACCGUCGAGCACGGCGCCGACUCGAUCACCAUCGGUAUGCCUCAUCGUGGUCGUCUUAACGUUCUCGCCAACGUCAUUCGUCGCCCCAUUGAGGGCAUUCUGCAUCAAUUCGCUGGUGAGGACGUCGAGGGAGGUGGAGAUGUCAAGUACCACUUGGGCGCCAACUACGUCCGCCCUACGCCCUCUGGCAAGAAGGUCUCCCUCUCCCUCGUUGCCAACCCGUCGCACUUGGAGGCAGAGGACCCAGUCGUGCUGGGCAAGACGCGUGCCAUCCAGGACUUUGCCGGCGACAAGGACCACAAGACCUCGAUGGCUCUCCUUAUGCACGGUGACGCUGCCUUUGCCGGCCAGGGUGUCGUCUACGAGACGAUGGGCAUGUACAACCUGCCCAACUACGCUACGGGCGGCACGAUCCACCUCGUCGUCAACAACCAGAUUGGCUUCACUACCGACCCUCGCUUCGCUCGCUCGACCCCUUACCCUUCGGACAUUGCAAAGUCCAUCGACGCUCCCAUCUUCCACGUCAACGGCGACGACCCCGAAGCUGUCACCUUUGUGAGCCAGCUUGCUGCCGACUGGCGCGCCAAGUUCAAGAAGGAUGUCGUCAUCGACUUGGUCUGCUACCGUCGUCACGGACACAACGAGACCGACCAGCCUAGCUUCACGCAGCCUCGCAUGUACGAGGCCAUUGGCAAGCAGGCGUCCACCUUUAAGCAGUACUCGAAGAAGCUCGUCGACGAGGGCUCCUUCACGCAGAAGGACAUUGACGAGCAUGAGAAGUGGGUCUGGGGUUUGCUCGAGGAGGCGGCUGAGAAGUCAAAGAGCUACAAGCCUGGAGAGCGCGAGUGGCUUUCUUCUGCGUGGGAGGGCUUCCCGUCACCCAAGGAGCUGGAGGAGACGAUCCUCGAGCACAAGGAGACUGGUGUCGAGGAGGAGAAGCUCAAGCACAUCGGCAGGAAGGUCUCGUCCUUCCCCGAUGACUUUAGCGUGCACCGCAACCUGGGUCGUAUCCUCAAGAACCGCCUCAAGACGAUUGAGGAUGGCGAGAACAUCGACAUGCCCACCGGUGAGGCUCUGGCUUUCGGUUCGCUCGCCAUGGAGGGCAACUACAUCCGUGUGUCCGGUCAGGACGUCGAGCGAGGUACCUUCUCUCAGCGUCACGCUGUUCUCCACGACCAGAAGAACGAGCAGAUCUACACCCCGCUCAACGAUCUCAGCAAGGACCAGGCGCCCUUUGUCAUCUGCAAUUCUUCCCUCUCUGAGUUCGGUUGCUUGGGUUUCGAGCUCGGUUUCUCGCUCGUCGACCCCAAGAAUCUGACAAUGUGGGAGGCCCAGUUCGGUGACUUUGCCAACAAUGCCCAGUGCAUCAUCGACCAGUUCAUCGCAUCCGGUGAGCGCAAGUGGCUGCAGCGCACGGGUCUCGUUGUCAACCUUCCCCAUGGCUACGACGGUCAAGGACCCGAGCACUCCUCUGGUCGCCCCGAGCGCUUCCUCCAGCUCUGUGACGACAACCCCUUCAAGUUCCCAGACGAGCAGGCCAUGAACCGUCAACACCAGGACAGCAACAUGGCCGUCACCUGCCUGACGGAGCCUGCCAACCUCUUCCACGUCCUGCGUCGUCAGGUGCACCGUGGGUUCCGCAAGCCUCUCAUCAACUUCUUCUCCAAGUCGCUGCUUCGUCACCCUCUUGCCCGCUCGAAGCUCGAGGACUUCCUGCCUGGUAAGGGAGGCUUCCGUCGUUUCUUGCCCGAGAAGUUCCCCGACGAGAUCAACAAGCCAGAGGACAUCAAGCGUGUCAUCUUCUGCUCUGGACAGGUCUUCGUGCCGCUCAUCGAGCACCGUCGCGCCAACGAGAUCAAGGACGUGGCAAUUGUCCGUCUUGAGCAGCUGAGCCCUUUCCCGUACGAGGACGUCGUUGCCUGCCUGGACAGCUACCCGAAUGCUCAGGUGAGCUUCACGCAAGAGGAGCCGAUGAACGGCGGGUUCUGGGACUAUGUGAACCCGAGGUUGAGGACUGCCUGCAGGCAUACGAAGCAUCACAAGGACAGCCUGACGCUGCUUUCAAGCAGGCCGCCCUACUCGUCGGUGGCUACUGGCUCGAAGAAGGUGCACAAGGCGGAGGUGGAGCAGUUGAUGAAGGACUCGUACGACCUUGACAGGAGGGCCAGUGAUUGAGCGGCGAAGGGGCAGCAGCAGAGGCGAAGGACAAGCACCGGGUUGAGAUGGAGUGCGAGAGAUCAGGAACGACUUUGAUUGUGGCCUAUGCCUUCAUCUUCAAUGACACAGACACACGUCUCAUUUUCUCUACGCCAGGCGGCGGGCGCACCUGGCUCACGCGGCUGAUAUCGAGAAAGACGGCAAUGAUAACCUGAUGCCGAGAUAGCAUGGAACCU